CUCGUCGUCUUCUUUUACCCCCACCCAAAACCACACAGACCGGUUAUGCCUGUAAGAAGGAGAUCCCCCCCUCUCUUGUCGUAAAAAAAGGUUCGUCCAAAACCCUAAUUUAUCCAUAAAUACUCGAAGAGAAAAAAAACAAGAUUCUGUCUGUUUGGGCAAAAUAUUGGUAUUGGGAUAAUUUAUUGGAUUUUGAAGGAGAUUCGGAUUCGAUUUCGGAUUUCAGGGUAAAAGGUUAGGGUUUCUUUACGUUAUCUUUGUGUGAAUUUAGGGUUACUGUUUUGUUAGAUAGAGUAGAAUCAUGGCAGAUCGUACUCUUGCUACUACUCCUUCUGGAACACUUGCCCGACCUAUAUGGAUGAAACAGGCUGAAGAAGCGAAAUUGAAGAGCGAAGCUGAAAAAGCCGCUGCUGCCAAAGCUGCAUUCGAAGCUACAUUCAAAGACGUGGAGAAAACUGCACCGCAGGAACGUGGUGUUUCUUCCGAUAGUGACGGAGAAGAAGAAGAGAAUGAUGAGGGGUUUAGUAGGAACAAGCCGUUGGGACCGAUUGAUCCUUACAAAUGUACUGCUGCUGGUGCUGGAAUUCAAGGUGGAGCAGCUUGUGUUGCUUCCACUUUUGUUGUGGUUACUAAAGAUUCUGAUGGGAGGAAAAUUCCUAAUGGAGGUGCUCAACUUAAAGUUAAGGUUUGCCCUGGAGUUGGUGUUGGUGGAUCCGAUCAGGAAGGGAUUGUGAAAGAUCAAAACGAUGGAAGUUAUACUGUUACGUAUGUUGUUCCUAAACGAGGGAAUUAUAUGGUUCAUGCUGAGUGUAAUGGGAGACCUAUCAUGGGAAGUCCAUUCCCUGUCUUCUUUAGUGCUGGAGGAGGUUCUACUGGAGGGUUGCUGGGUAUGCAACCUGUAUCUAAUAAUACAGGCUCAUAUCCAAAUAUGGUUAAUCAAACUAUGCCCAACAUGCCAAACUAUUCAGGUUCUGUUUCGGGAGCCUAUUCUGGAUUACUUGGGAUGAUUCCUGGUGUUGUUCCUGGUGCUUCUGGUGGGGUGAUUUUGCCUGGUGUGGGUGCAUCACUGGGUGAGAUGUGUAGAGAUUAUUUGAAUGGUCGAUGUUUAAAAACAGAUUGCAAGUUUCUGCAUCCACCACAUAAUAUAUUGAUGACUGCGUUGGCUGCAACAACUAGUAUGGGACAGUUAAGUCAGGUUCCGAUGGCACCCUCUGCAGCUGCGAUGGCUGCUGCUCAAGCUAUUGUUGCUGCAAAGGCACUUGAAGCUCAUGCUGCUCAAAUUCAGGCACAGCAAGCUCACUUGGCGAAAGACACUCCUGAUUCACCUGGCAAAGCGCAAAGGGCGGCUGAGGUGCUGAAGAAAACCUUACAAGUCAGCAACCUAAACCCGCAGAUAACCGAUGUCCAGCUGAAACAGCUUUUCAGUUAUUGUGGGACUGUUGUUGAUUGUAGUAUCACGGAGUUGAAGCACUUAGCUUUCAUUGAGUACUCAAAACCUGAAGAAGCCAUUGCAGCUUUGCAGUUGAACAAUAUUGAUGUUGGUGGACGCCCUCUUAAUGUUGAAAUGGCAAAGUCCCUGCCUCAGAAAUCAGCUACUUUGAAUACACCUAUGAAUCAGUCAUCCCUGCCCAUGGUGAUGCAACAAGCAGUCGCAAUGCAACAGAUGCAGUUCCAGCAGGCUCUGCUCAUGCAACAAACUAUGAACUCGCAGCAGGCUGCCAACCGAGCUGCAACCAUGAAGUCAGCAACAGACAUGGCAGCUGCCAGAGCUGCUGAGAUAAGUAAGAAGUUAAAAGCUGAUGGAGUCGGAGUUGAACCAGAAGAAGUCCGUAAGUCCAGGUCCCCAACCAAAUCUAGACCAAGAUCUAAGUCGAGGUCAAGAUCUCCUGUCAAGUAUCGUCGCAGCCGAAGGUCUCGCUCCAUUUCACCCCUACCCCGUCAUGCAAGAGAUCGGAGAUUCAGGUCACCACUGAGAUCUCGUAAUCACUAUAUCAGUGACCGUAGGUCACAUAGAGAUCCAAGGGAUUACCAUGACAGAAUUGGAAAAUGGGAAACUGAUCGAUCACGUGACCGUUAUUCGUCUGGUUCUAGACGAAACAAGAGCAGGAGCCGGAGUCCGUUGAAAAAAUCUACCAGGGGUGGUUCAGCCUCACCAAGACGCCGUCAGGAAAGUGCAAGCCCUGUCCGAAAGGAGAGAUCGCGGGACCGUUAUUCCUCUGCUUCUCGGAGAAACAAGAGCAAGAGCAGAAGUCCAUCAAAGAAAACUGCAAGAGGUGAUUCGACCUCCCCAAAACUCCGCAAGGAAAGUUUAAGCCCUACAAGGAGCCCAGCAAAAGAGUCUUCGAAGGAUGGUUCAGUCUCACCGUUACAACAUGAGGAAAUUUCAAGUCCUGUAAGAAGUAGUGGGAGCCCACCAAAUUUCUUGUCUCAGGGUGGCUUGGUAUCUCCAACACCUCGUAAGGAAAGCUUAAGCCCUGUCCAAAAAGAGAGAUCACGUAAGGAAAGCUUAAGCCCUGUCCAAAAAGAGAGAUCACGUGACCGUCAUUCUUCAAGGAGACACAGAAGCAAGAGCCGGAGUCCAACAAAAAAAUCCUCACGGGGUGGUUCAGUCUCACCAAAACGACGGAGAGAGAGUGUAAGCCCUCCCCGAACAAGGAAAAGAGAAUCCAGGGCAACUUCAAGGUCGCCAACACGUCACCGUGGAAGUAGGGCAUCCCCAAGACAUACCCGGGAUAGCAACUCAGACUAUAAGAGGCGCUCCAGGUCUAAAUCUGCCGAGCGAGGGUCUAAUUUGGAUAGUAAAAAAGCUAGCAGUAGAUCUGAGAAGUCAAAACACAGCAGAAGGAAACAUGAGAGAACCGAAGAUACUAGCAGUAGAUCUGAGAAGUCAAAACACAGCAGAAGGAAACCUGAGAGCAUCCAAGAUGCUAGUGAGGAACUAGAUUUAAAUGAUGGAUGAGAUAUUGUUGAGAGGAUAUAUUUAUUUCAAGUUUGGCCAUAUGUUUUAAGUAUCUGUAAAAGAAUGCUUCUGUUUCUUCAGCAUUUUGUAGGUGUAUGAAAAACUUGGUGGAAUGAAAGCAUGGCUGCCAGAGCCGGUGCAGAGUGUGCGACACACAAGGCCCGACUCAAGGGAAAGCCACGCUCUUACUUAUUAUUA